UCUUGUAGGCACUUGAAACUGGAUUUUAUUGAGUAAAGGUUUCAUUUUCCAUAAUUUUUAUGCUAAAAUGCUUGCAGCUAGAACUGUGCGUAAAUUUCAGAAAUCUUUUGGAUUUUUGUCUAUACUGCAAGGACAAACAUGCAAGAAAUGUUUCUCUACAACAAAUACAAGCUUGAAUGACAAGGUCUAUGAGUUAAGAACAUACUCCAUUCAUCCUAAAGAUAUGAAACAGUUUAUGGAACUUAGUAACCAAUUUAUGGGCAUUAGAAUGAAACACUCAAAGCUGAUUGGCUACUGGCUCAGUGAAAUAGGCGGGAUCAAUGAUGUUGUACACAUAUGGGAGUAUGAUAGUCUUGGUCACAGAGCAAAAGUGAGACAGGCUUUGGCCGGAGAUCCUGAGUGGGUUGGGAAUUAUUUUAGCAAAAUAUUACCAUGGAUGCAUAGGCAAGAAAACAGUCUCAUGAAAAGUCUUCCAGGAAUACCUGUACUAGAGUCUCCAUCAAAUGGUGUAUAUGAAAGUCAAGCUUUUGUCAGCACCAAGGGUAAAGAUGAGACAGCCUCUGUUGUGAAAAAUAUACAAAGAUCGUCUGCUACAUUGUUAGGAAGCUGGUAUUGCAUUUUGGGAUAUGAAUCAAUUGGUUUGAUGCUGUGGCAUCAUCCAGACGUUGACAAUGUUGUAGCCACAUCGGAAAAAUCACUCAAAGAUAGCGGUGUGACAGUGGUACAUUCUCGUCUCCUGUUACCCACACCAUGGUCACCUUUGAAAUAAAGAAUCUCCUCUACAUAUAAGAUGAACAAAUUGUUUCAGUUAGUAAUCUGUUACAAGUGCCACAAACAGUGAAAGUGUAUAUAUAUUUCAUUCAUUUAGAUGGAAUUUUAGUCAUAUUUUUUUCUUAUUGUUCGGUAGAUGCCAGUUACUGUUGAUAUAUGUAGUGUUUAAUAAAGCUGUACAUAGAAAUAAAGAUUUAAGUGAUAGAUUUUUCGGGUAUAAUAGACAUUCCAAAAGACUACAAGUAUUCACUUAUGAAUUUGAAAAUGACUCUUUUGAAGAAUUGUUGAGUUUCUUAAAAAUAUAAAUAUAUAUAAAUGUCAAGAUUAUCCAAUGAAAAUAGAUGUUACAAAUGUGCUGUAUUACAAUAUAUAUGAUUAAUGAAUAUCACAUGCUUAUUACUAGUAUCAUGAUAUUACACUUUAGGGUUGUUCUCUUACAAUGUACACUUGAGAGGUUAAUAUAACAAGUUCACUUAUUUAUUAACCUAGAUAAAACAAGAGUGUUAUUGCAAAUGGUUGUAUUGACUAUCAUAUAUACAUGUAUAUCACAGUUGUUAUAUGUAUCUAGCAGCUGCUCAAAGGUAUUAUUACAUGUAUUAUGUUUUUUUAUUACUAAAGAAUCAGUAAGUAUU